GCAUCACAGUAGUUUACUGGCUGCUGACGAACCACAGCCAGCUGUUAAACUGAGAAGCAGUCCUCCAGCUUUCUGGCUUAUAUAUUUCGACUCCUUUAUUUUUGUCAGCAUGGGUCGUAGCUUUAUAGUAGAAGAYGAUGUGGAGGGAUAUCUAUCUAAACUCUGUUCACAACAAACAGGUUUAGUCACAGGCUUGCUCAUUGGACAGAGUUCAGUCCAGAGGGAUUUUGUUGUCAUGGCAGUUAGGACACCCCUUAAAGAGGAGUCUGCAGAAGAGGGGAAGUGGAUGGACAAAGAGUGGGUCACUGAGCACGCUCGACAGGUGUCCAGGAUGCUGCYUGGAGGUCUGUCUGUCUUGGGAGUCUUUAUAAUAUCUGAUAGUGACCCCAAGGACACGCUUACCACACUGCGACAGUUGGUGUUUGCAGUGAACAAUUUAAUCUCCUCGGAGCAGCUGUGGAGCCCUUCGGAUGAAGAUGUCUCAGACUGCGUCACGCUGCACGUCAAUCCCAAAACCAGAAAAACUGUCUGUAGAACCUUUGACGUCAGAGACCCAAAGAGUAUGGCUAAGCCCGCAGACUGGAGGUACCAGUCAGGUGUGUGUUCCUCCUGGGCCAUGGUGUCAUGUUGGCUGCAUGUAGACAUGUUGGUCCCUCUGCCAGACAACAUAACCAGAACAAAAAACAUUGAUAAUUGUCUCGAGGAGGGACUGGAAUCAUGGGCACACCAGAUUGAGAGCGGCGUUUGUCUGAUUGAUGGAAAAAAGCUUCCAGAGGACUUUGAGCUCAAAGGAGGACAGAAAAAGAACUCCAAACAGACGUACACAGCUCAGUUGCUCAUCACACCGGCUGUGCAGAGGUCAGCAGAUGUGGUCCAGCGCUGUGGAGGCAGUGUGUCGGUCAGAGGAGCCAUCCACAGCAGAGCUUUCUUCCACAGCAACAAACCAAAGGCCAGACUGGCAGAGAAGCUGCUGAAGAGGGACGUCGUUUCCACGGUGGCCACGAGGGUUCGGAUGUUGCUGGAGGAGCUACUGGCGCCAGAUGACGAGAGCAGCAGAGACAAACGACAGACGGACCAGUUCUUCCUCCCUCGCCGUGUGUUUUGUCCGGUGAAAGGUUCGCUGUGUGUGUGUGAUUACCAGUUUAGUGACGAGGGUCUGUCUGAGCUGACUGACCGGCUCAAAGAGAUGCUGGAGGUGGAUGCAGCUGAGGAGGAUUUAGACACCACACAGGAAAUAACUGCUGAAGUCCUGCAGAGUGACGCUACAGCAGAACAGACUGUGGAAACCGUUGACACACCAGAGCCCAAGAAAAACAACUUCAUUGGUGUUGCUGUGGCUUCAGCUGUUGCCCUGUUGGCCACGGCUGCCUCCAUGCUGUACCUCAGUGACGGAUGAGAUGUACACAAAGAAGAAAAAUUAAACCUUUUCUUUUGAA